CUACCAGCCUACCAGUCUCACCAGAGCAUUGUACUAGCAGCCGGCUCUCUCUCUCUCUCUCUCUCUCUCUCUCUGAAUUGCUUCAAGAAAAAGUGCUCUCAUUUCUGAUGAGCUCCAAAAGAAUGACAAGAUAAUCACCCACUCCACUUGGGAGGCUACUUGUUCAAUAUGAUACAGGUAUUUUCUCAGCAGACAAAGGGAACACCAAAUAGCUACGAGUUGAUGAUCUCCAAACUAAUUUGAUAAGAUAGGAUCUGCAAACUCCAACGAUGGCUACAAACUAUAGAUUUGCAAUGGACCAAAAGGACAUUGUUAGGGUAUUAAUUACCACAGUGGAUGGUUUUAUACGGGAUCAGCUGAUCAACAAAGAGCAGAGAGCCCAACAUAGGGAACAAUGUGCUGAGAGAUUGGCAGCAGAAGAUGGAAGCUGUGGCAGAGAAACUGAAGUUCGAUACUCUGAUCAAGCAGUACUUGCCAAUCUGGACUGGGGUAUUGAGGCUCUCGAAGAAGCUAUCGACACUUCCAAUAUGGAAACCAAGCUUGCAAGACUGGACCAUGCUGAAAAGAUGCUGCAAGUUUGUGCCAUGUUGAACUCUAACCAGAAAACUGCUGGAGUCCCCAAUUUUUAUCUAUCUGCUUGGGCGCACCUCAACUUGUCAUACCUUUCCAAAUUACGGAACCAUGUCCAAAAUUCAGUUCUCCAUGUUAUUGAGAUGUUUAUAGUUGACCCUUUCUUCUCGCGGAUCGAUUUUGCUCCUGAACUCUGGAAACAACUUUUUCUUCCGCACAUGAACUCAAUUGUAGGGUGGUAUUCAGAGCAGAGGCACAGGCUUGUGAUGGAAGUAAUUCCUGAUUCUACUGAUCUUUCUUUUACAGCUGAUUUGGAUCAAUUUUUCAGCGAGUCCUUGAUCUAUUCAAUGAGGCCUGAUCAAGUGGAGAAACUGCAAAAGCUGGAGCAGCUUUAUGGAGAAUCAUUGGAUGAGAAUACGCGGCUUUAUGCUAAGUACUUUAAGGAUUGCAUGAACUCUGAUUCAACCUCAAGUAAGAAGGUGAUUCCAAUGUUGCCUAUUGCAGAGGCACCUAUGACCCCAUUGCGUGAGGUCAGCCGUUCAAUUCCCGAUUUUGUAAAGUUUGGUCCUAUCUUGCCCAAGAGUGCUGGUUUUUCUCCCAUCCUUAAGUCUAAAGAUGGCACAAAAGAAUCAAGCAGAAUGAGUGUCACCUCUGCCUCCUCGCUAAAUUUAGAGUCUGCUAGAUGGGAUCCUCAGGAAGGCAUCCCUGAGGAAGAUGGAGAUGAAUCUGAUUAUGAGCCAAAUGAUGCUACUGUGGCUUCAGAUCAUGAAAAGGAAAGUGGGCAAAAAGUACAGCUAUCUGUAACGAAGAGCCGGAUACAUACUCCAACAAUCUUUUCUCCUUUUGAUUCCCCUAAAACUUCUCCAAAGAUUUUAUCUCCAAAACCAGACAUGCAGGGUAAAAACGAAGCCACUUCUGUGUUGCGCUUAUUGUCCACUCGCAUGACAGAUUCAGCUAUUGCCACUUCUUUGCCUGCAUCUCCAGGCAUGAGUAAUGAGUACAGCAUUAGUUCAGCAGACUCCGAUUGCGAAUUGAUAGAGGCUGCCACCAAAGGUUGCAGGAAAACCUAUAGUCGGACAGGAAGUAUGAAUUCUGAUAAUGUGAAUAGCCAAAAGUUGAAAAAUAGUCCCCCUAAUGAAAAUGAUGAAGGAAGCCAAAGCUGCGUUUCACUCCCAUCUUCUAAGAAGCUGACAACUAAAUCAAGACCGCCUAAGGAUUUCGUCUGCCCUAUCACUGGUCAGAUUUUCUGUGACCCAGUUACCCUUGAAACAGGUCAGACAUAUGAAAGAAAAGCAAUCCAAGAAUGGCUCAAACGAGGAAAUACGACAUGCCCCAUUACAAGGCAACCCAUCGCUGCUACUACUACACUGCCCAAAACGAACUAUGUUUUGAAAAGACUAAUAACAUCUUGGAAAGAACAGCAUCCUGAUCUUGCUCAAGAGUCUUCAUACGCUGAAACACCAAGAUACUCAUUGAACCACCCCUCCACGAAAGAAAAUUCUUUGCCUGCCACUCCACAGAGAACAAAUGAUUUCCUAGGUCACAGGAACACUGAUGAUUAUAUCAACCAAAGGAACAAAAGAUUUAUGCGAGCAGCCGUUUCUACAUCACCAACCAGUGUGAUAUCUCAAGCUGCAGUUGAGACAAUCAUCAACGGUUUAAAACCUCAUGUUUCAAGUCUCUGUACAUCAGAAAACUUACAAGAAUGUGAGACAGCUGUGUUAGCAAUAGCCAAAUUGUGGAAGGACUCAAAGGCUGAUCCUGCAGUUCAUUCUUACUUAUCUGAACUGACAACUGUAAACGGGUUCAUCGAAAUACUUUCAGCUUCUCUGAACAGGGAAGUCUUGAGAACAUCAAUUUACAUCCUCUCUGAGCUAAUAUUUUCUGAUGAAAGUGUUGGAGAAACACUUACCAGUGUAGAUUCUGACCUUGACUGUUUGGCUGUUCUGUUGAAAAAUGGGCUAGCUGAGGCUGCUGUGCUUAUAUACCAGCUGAGGCCAGCAUUUGCUCAGCUUUCAGCCCAUGAUCUUAUACCUUCCCUUGUCCAGCUAAUCCUGAGCAAAAAUGAGGAAUUGGAUGAUCUUCAACUAAUAAUGGAGCCUAAAGAUGCUGCAUUAGCAAUUAUUGAGCAAAUAUUGAUGGGAGGAGAUGAAAACAGCAGAUCCAUUAAUGCUUUGAGUGUUAUUUCUGCAAAUGGUAUUCCUGCUCUAGUGAGGUGUUUGGAUAGGGCAGAAGGGAGAAGGUCAAUUGUUUCGAUACUAUUAUGUUGUAUGCAAGCUGAAAAAAGUUGCAGGAGCUUGAUAGCAAAUAGAAUUGAACUGUCUCCUGUUCUUGAAUUAUUUCAUGCUGGAAAUGAUUGUGUGAGAGGAAUAUGUGUAGAAUUUCUGUCAGAGCUGGUUCAGUUGAACAGGAGAACAUUAUGCAAUCAGAUCUUGCAGAUGAUUAAAGAUGAAGGGGCAUUUAGUACAAUGCAUACCUUUCUUGUGUAUCUUCAAAUGGCUCCGAUGGAGCAGCAACCUGCAAUUGCAACUCUUCUUCUUCAGCUUGAUCUCCUGGUUGAGCCAUGGAAGAUGAGCAUUUACAGGGAAGAGUCUAUAGAGGCACUAAUUGAAGCAUUGCGGAGGAAAGAGUUCUCUAAUUCUCAAAUGAUGGCUCUAGAUGCCUUGUUAUCUCUUACUGGACGUAUAACUUCCUCAGGGGAGUCAUACACUGGAGCCUGGUUGCUCAAGAUUGCAGGAUUUGAUCAACCUUACAAUGCUUUGAUGAAGGCAGAGAUGGGAACAAUGGACGAAGAAGAGAAAGCUGUAACCUCUUGGCAGAAAAGGGUUGCUUUUGUACUUUGCAACCAUGAAAGGGGCUCUAUUUUUAAAGCUUUGGAAGAAUGCCUCAAGAGUAAUUCCUUAGAGAUGGCAAAGUCAUGUCUUGUCAUUGCCACAUGGCUCACAAACAUGCUUUCUAUACUUCCUGAUACUGGUGUGAAAAGAGAAGCUCGCAAGGCCUUGCUUGACGAGUUCAUAAAUGUUCUCCAAUCGUCAAAUAACCUGGAGGAGAAGAUUUUGGCAACUCUUGCUUUGAAAUCUUUUGUCAAUGAUCCAGCUGCGCUUGAAGCACUAGGGGUGUAUGCUAAAUGCAUCUAUAAAACUUUGAGAAAACUCAAGAAAAAUUCGGCGGUAGCGAACGACAUAAUGAAAGCAUUGAUGAACUUGUCAUCUAUUGACAUAACAGAGCUGUGGAGUUGUGCUGAAGCGGUUGAAUUAGAUUCAUCUACAAAUGGAGAGGUUCUGUCUUUGCUUCAUGUGAAAGGUCGGGUUUUAAGCAGCCAUUCCGAUGGAACUAUAAAGGUAUGGGAUGCUGGAAAGAAGGUACUGAGAUUGAUUCAAGAAGUUCGUGAGCACACAAAGGCAGUCACAUGCCUCUAUAUUUCAUCUUCAGGUGACAAACUAUACAGCGGUUCGUUAGACAAAACAAUUCGGGUCUGGGCAAUUAAAGCCGAAGAAAUUCAUUGUCUACAAGUGCAUGAUGUGAAGGAGGCAGUAUACGAAUUGGUAGCAAAUGCUAAAGUGGCGUGCUUCAUUUCUCAAGGCACUGGAGUUAAGGUGUAUGAGUGGUCUGGUGUUCAAAAGCAUAUAAACUUCAACAAAUACGUAAAGAGCCUUGCCAUGACAGGGCCUAACCUGUAUUGUGGUUGCUCUGGUUACAGCAUCCAGGAGGUUAAUUUGGGCAAAUACACAUCAAGCGCAUUCUACUCAGGCACAAGAAAGCUGUUGGGGAAACAAGUCGUCUAUUCCCUUCACAUUCGGGAUGGCAUUCUAUACGCAGGCGGUUCAUCGGUGGAUGCAUCAGCUGGGAAGAUAUUCUCCCUUCCAAACAAGGCAGUAGUAGGAACAUUCGUAACGGGGCUUGACAUCCAACGAAUAGCCAUCAACAAUGACUUAAUAUUCACAGCCACCAAGUGCGGAGUGAUUGAGGUUUGGUUGAAAGAAAGGUUCACUCGAAUUGCUUCCAUCAAAAUGGCUUGUGGGGGACAUGCCAAGAUUACAUCUUUGGCAGCAGACAUGGAUGGAGGGAUGCUGUUUGCAGGUUCCUCUGAUGGCAGAAUCCAGGUUUGGUCCCUAGACUGAGCAUAUGUAAACUGUACUGUGACAAUUUUGAAAUAUAUCUUCAAUUACAAGCCACAAUCAUAUGUUCCUUGCUGAAGAAUCAUUUGCUCAAGAGGGUCUUCAAUUUCCAGCAACUGUCAAUCCUUGUAAAGUCAAUUACCAAUUAGUAUACUCACAUAUUCAAAUUUCGUUUUUGUCAAACAUAUUCAGCACAUCCACUUUGCCCUCUUCUCCUUUUUGGCUUCACGAUAUUUGAAAUGAAUAAUUUUCGUUUGAA